AACCUUACUCCGACUCGCGUUUUGAAAUUGAUGCUCAAAAAUGCUGGAGCUCGAUUCUCGCGAGCUUUCAGUACUGUUCCAUUAGACACAAAGGCUUUCUCUGACACUCUUUUCUUGCCCAAGACCGCAUUUCCACUGCGACCGGACCCAACGAAGAACGAAAUUUUGUACCGCUCACGGACUUGCGAGGAACUGUACAGAUGGCAGGUGAGGAGAACAUCGAUCAGCAUUGUGAACUCUUUCGUGACCAAGAACCCUAGCGAAAGAAUAUCGAUGGUCCAGAAUUCGUAUUUCAUGAUGGUCCGCCGUAUGCUAACGGGGAUUUACACAUGGGUAGGCGUGAACUUGAUUCCAUUGUCUCCGCGCGUCUUGACUGGGCAAUUGCGUAGGACAUGCUUUAAACAAGAUCCUCAAAGAUAUCAUUAAUCGGUUCGCGUUGUUGAAGAGUAGAAAAGUACAGUGCGUUCCCCAUCCCGUUUCAAAGGCUUCUAUAAAUGAAGAUUUCAUUCCGGGUAGUUAUAUUCCUGGAUGGGACUGCCACGGUUUACCUAUCGAAAAUAAAGCUUUGAAAGAGCUCGGAAAAGAUUCUUCUAAUAUUCCUCCAUCU